CCGAGCCGAGCCAGGCGGCGGGACCGAGGUGUCCCGGGUCUCCCGGGCAUGGCUCUCCGCGGGUAGCAGCGCCGCCGGACCGGGUGGAUGCUUGAGAGUGGUGGAUAAGGUACAAGUGUCUGGGACCGGUGGAAUGGAGGCCUGAUGUAGAUGGAAAGAUGGAUGAAGAAGAAGCUCUGAACUCUAUUAUGAAGGAUUUGGCAGCAUUGGGCAAAUGUGGGGGGCUGCUGGACAACAACAGGAAUAAAAACAGUGUCCAUUCCAGCAAACAGCAGCGCAAUGUCAGGAUCAAGUUUGAAUAUGAAGGAGAGAAAAGGAUUAUCCAGUUUGCAAGACCAGUCAGAUUCAAAGAAGUGGUGCAGAAGGUCACGGAUGCUUUUGGACAGACAAUGGACUUAGUCUGUGUGAACAAUGAGCUCCUGAUCCCGCUGAAAUCCCAGGAAGAUUUGGACAAAGCGGUGGAGCAGCUGGAGCUGAGCCCUUCCCUGAAGAGCCUGCGAAUCCUUGUGAGCGCUCCAAAGAAAGCGAACCUCCUCCAGCCAAACAACAGCAAACAGCAUGAAAUGAGGAUCUCCAGAUCCAUGGGUGAUAUAAUGGGAUCCCUGUACAAGGACUCUGAGAGGACGCGGAAAUACUCGACAGGCUCUCUGCACACUGGCCGGAGUUCUCCACCCCCAGGGAGCGUUCCUGAGGAGCAGCAGCAGAUCGCACGCCAGGGAUCCUACACCAGCAUCAACAGUGAGGGUGAAUUCAUCCCUGAGACCAUGGAUCAGAACAUGCUUGAAGCUUUCAUCAGCCCUGAUGAGUCGCUGUCUGGGAGCUGCCAGUCACUGGACAGGUCUGUGGACAGCCCUCCCUUUACCCAAACCCCUGUUCCUGGAAGAAAAAGCCAUCCCAAAGACAGUCUUGAUUGCAUGGAUUUUGACAUCCCAUUCUGCGAGAGGUUUGGGAAAGGUGGGACCUUCCCAAGGCAGUACCACCUCUCCCAAAGUCGCAAGGACUACAGUGACGGCCGGAGGACUUUCCCCAGGAGUUACUUCCCACAGGAGAACUUGUUUCAGCUUGUCCCUUCCAGCAGAACCAAGAGCUUCACGGGGGACAGCAAGCUCAGCACCUUGCAGUACGACGAGUACAGGCCCAAGUGGUGGAACAAUUGUGAAAAAGGUCUGCAGGUCUUCAGCACCUCCCCCACAAAAGCUAGGAACUCCCUGCAGGCACCUGUGAACUGGAGGCUGGGGAAGCUGCUUGGAAGAGGAGCUUUUGGGGAGGUUUAUCUCUGCUACGAUGCUGACACUGGCCGGGAGCUGUCGGUGAAGCAGGUGCCUUUUGACCCUGACAGUCAAGAGACAAGUAAAGAGGUGAAUGCCUUAGAAUGUGAGAUUCAGCUGUUGAAAACUCUCCGUCACGACAGGAUAGUGCAGUACUAUGGGUGUCUGCGGGAUCCUGAGGAGAAGAAACUGUCUAUCUUUGUGGAAUACAUGCCAGGGGGCUCGAUAAAGGACCAGCUAAAAGCUUACGGUGCUCUGACCGAGAACGUCACACGGAAGUACACCAGGCAGAUCCUGCAGGGAGUCUUCUACUUACACAGCAAUAUGAUUGUCCACAGAGACAUUAAAGGUGCAAAUAUUUUGAGAGAUUCUGCAGGAAACGUGAAACUUGGAGACUUUGGGGCCAGCAAACGCAUUCAGACCAUCUGCAUGUCUGGGACUGGGAUUAAGUCUGUCACGGGAACACCCUACUGGAUGAGCCCAGAGGUUAUCAGUGGAGAAGGCUACGGAAGGAAAGCUGACGUGUGGAGCGUGGCCUGCACCGUGGUGGAGAUGUUAACAGAGAAGCCUCCGUGGGCAGAGUUCGAAGCCAUGGCGGCCAUUUUUAAAAUCGCCACCCAGCCGACCAACCCCCAGCUCCCCGACGGCGUCUCCAGCUCCUGCCGCAACUUCCUCCAGCAGAUCUUCGUGGAGGAGAAGCGGCGGCCGACGGCCGAGGACCUGCUGAGACACCCCUUCGUCAGCUGCGGGCUCUGAGGCCGCGGGGAUGGGGAAAGGCCGGCGGGAUCGGCCCCGCGGCCUUUUGGGCUCUGCGGCUCAGGCCUCCGUCCUGGGCUGCCCUGGCGGUGCUGGCCCCCGCAGGUCCCUCCUUGCUUGUCACCGGCUCGGGCACCCGCCGCGCUGUUGGGUUUCCCAGCUGCGCUCGGAUCCCUGGGUGCCAGGGAUUCGGAGCGAGGGGUUCCCUGGACUGUGCGGGUGGGUGUGCUGGCCUAGGACCGAGGAACCUUCUGGCCGCCAGGGAUGUCGGGGUUGUCCCCCCCCUCCUCGCCGUGUUUACUCAUCCCUCGGGGGAAGUGCAGGGAUUGGGAUCUGUCCAAACCCUCCCCACCCACCGCCCCCCGGCGUGACAGUGAGGCUGGCAGCCUUCCCAGGAGCAGCGGAGGAUGAUGCUGGGUGGCCAUCGACACCUUUCACGGCUUUCCGCCCAGCCGAAGGAGAUGAUCCUCAGACCCACGGAGUCGGGGCUGGGGGGGGACGACCUGGGUGUUCCCGCUCAGCGAGGGAGCCGGCCGCUGCGGGAGGUGGCCGGCGGGCAGCGUCUCCAGCGGGGCGGCUUUCACCCUGUGCCUUAAGCGGUUACAAUCAAGGCGUGAGGCUCGACCCCGGGGCCGGGCUCAGCCGCGUGGACUUUGCCUUUGCGUGUGCGUGUGUGCGUGUGUGCCUGCCCACCUUGGAAGAAGGGGUCUUCUCGAGGCGUAGGAGGUCUCUGCUGGGAUCACCCGCGGACGGAUGCCCGGGACCUCUUGCCACGGGCCGUGCUAGAGGGAUGGUGCGGGUGCUGUCGAUGCCUGAGCAGCGGCCAGUUGGUGCUGGGAAGCAUCAGGGGUUGAGGUGGGAGCUGGAAGGGGUCUUGGCGAGGUCCACUUGCUCGUGGCCACGUAGCCCUGCCGUGCUGGGGCGGGAGGGAGGGAUGCCAGUGCGUUUUGGAAGCCGAGCUGCAGGAGUAAGCCCAGGGGCUCUCCGUAAAACCCGAGCGGGUGUCUAAAACUGGGCAAAAAAAGUCCGGUGCUCUGGGCUGGGUGCCUUCUCCGUGCCUCACGGGACCAGCCCCGGGGUGCAGGGAAGGGGGAUGUCCCCCCAAGUGGUGCCCGAGAGAGCAGCUGCAGGACCACGAAGCUUCAGCCCAGGAGAGCAGAUCCGCAUCAGCCAAGGGCAGCUGGGAACAGAUUUCUCCCUGCAGCAUAUUUGAAGCUGCAGGAGAGAAUGGGCCUGUGGAAAAAGCUGAGUUGAGCUACUUACCCUGCUGGAAAACCGGGGCAGGAAGCAUGCACAGAGUCCCUGGAAGCUAAUUGAUUCAUUAGAUCUUGGUGAUCUUGGACAAAUAAAUUGCACCAUCCCGUGUCCCCCCUUUCCCUGCUGCAUUAUCUAUUUCCACCUGGCUCAGCAAAGGGUUAAAUAAGCAGUUACAGGCCAGUGUGUCCAACACGCGUUUACUUUAAUAUUAUUUUUAGCUGAAAAACGAAAAGUGAUGCUUGGACUGAAGUGGAAAUUGAGAAUCCUUGAAUUCUUCCAUGGGGAAGAGGUGAGGACUCUGCACCACCGACGUGGCGGUGGGAGCGGGUCCUUGUCCCCAGCUCUGAAAAGAGAAGCAGAAAUGAGAAUUGUUUCAGUUAAAAAACCAAACAAACACCCAUAAACCACACGGGUUAGGGUGAAUUAAAAGAAAUAGCUAAAAGGAUUCCCUGUAACUGUGGCUGCAGGUGAAGCUGGGGGGCUGCAGGGGUUUUGUGCCAGGUGACCAGAGUGGUGAUGGGCAGCUCUCCCUGGGGAGGGGGAUGAAAGUUGUCUCUUUUCUCCAAGGGGGAAUGAAGAAUUUUAUUCUGUGAAUAGGACCAAAUCCAUCAGUCUGAUCGGGAAUACGGGAUGGAUGGAUGGAUGGAAAAAAAAAACACACAAGAAAAAAAUAAAAUCGGUGUUGGCUGGACAGGAUUUUGUCAGGAGAGGGUAACAAAGCGUGUUUUCACCAAAGCUAAAAAAACAAACCAAACCAACCCAUCUUUAGGCUGUUUUCUCCUCUUUAAUUGAAUCUGUUUGGGUUUGAUUUUUCUCAGCCCUUCAACGGUGGGCGGGUGUUUUUCUUCUUUCCAAAGCCUUGAGAGCAAAACGGGGUUCCUGGCUGUCCCAAAACAUUCCCAGGGCUCCCAAACCACCCAAAUCCUCCCGUGGAUGGAUGUGUCUUUGUGUGUAUGUGUGUGCACACGUGUGUGUGUGUGUGUGCACGUGUGCGACUCGCUCCUCAGGUGCCUUUGCCUUUUUAUUUUUUAAAACCCUUGCAGUGUUCUGAUGUACAGAAUGAAACUAGGAAAAGAGAAUGUAAUAUUAUGCCAUGUAAAGUAA